AUGCUCUUCAAGCCUUUGGAUCUCAGUACCGCACUUCGUCCCUCGCUGUUGCCCGAUGAGACUCUGCUCUUCGUCCAGGAUGCGGUGGGGUUGUACGAGGGCAAAUACAAGAUCCCACAUUAUCAGGACGGCCAUGCAUACCUCACAUCCCACCGUGUCUGUUAUGUCGCGGUGGAGGAGCCACGCAAACACUCUGUCGCUAUCGACUUGAAAGAUAUUGAUAGAGCCGAAUACCAAUCUCCUCGGGUACAAAACUCUGCACCAGUAGUGAAACCAUCAGCAUCAGCAUUGGUGAAUGCCACAUGGAUCUGCCCGAUCUGCACGUUCUCCAAUCCCAUACCGUCCAACUUCGACCCGUUCACGGCGACGGCGACAAACAUACCGCCUUGUCUGACUUGCGGUAUCAAGCCGCCGUUCACAACGGUGUUAAAGGCGGCCAUUGCAGCUGCGGCAUCCUCCCAUGAGGGAACUUCCAUAAAUUCAACGCCUCUAGGUGGUGGUCAGGAUACAGCACAGUCUCUGGUUUCAUGUCCAAGGUGUACCUUUGUGAAUCAUCCGUCUCUCCACGAGUGUGAAAUAUGCGGUGCUUCAUUGUCGGGCUUGUUAGAGACUCCCAAUAGUAACCAGCAUCGCGCCGAAUCACCAGCGCCACUCAUUCACCUGCAGGGCAGUAUCAAAAACACUGAGAUCUCGGACAACAUCAAACUAUCCUUCCGCGGGGGCGGCGAGAAGACCUUCUACGAGCGACUAAAAGGUGCAUUGGUCCAGAGAAAGUGGCUGCUCUACAAUGCCCCGCCCGUCCCACAACAGCCAUCGCCGAAUACGGCAUUACCUACGAAUGGGUCAGUGUCUACUCCAGCUCGAUCCCCUGCUCCUGGGAUUGCAGGCCUAGAGCAGCGGGGACUAGAAGCUCGCCGCAACAACGAGGUUGUGAUCGGUAACGCAUUCGAAGACCUCGAAGCACUUAUGGCAUCGGCGAAACAAAUCGUCACGCUCGCGGAAACGCUGGCCAGAGAGUCCGGCAUGGGCGAUGAGACUUCGAGCGAAACCAGCGCGGUCCUUUCGGAGUCGGCCGCUGCCCUGGGCAUGGUUACGACAAAGGAUAUGCUGAGCUCAGGAUCGGAGAACUUGUACCUCUCGGAGCUAUCUCGGAACCUCGCAGAGUAUCUCACCGAUGAUACGAAAGGUAUCCUGCAGAAGGAAGGCGGGAUCAUAAGCCUUAUCGAUCUCUGGGCCCUCUUCAAUCGAUCCCGAAACGGGGUCGAGCUGGUGAGCCCUGCUGAUUUCCAAAAAGCAGCCGAGUUGUGGGAAUCGUUACGACUACCAGUCCGUCUACGCCGGUUCAAGAGUGGUCUGCUCGUUGUCCAGCGGUACGAUUGGAGCGACGAGAAAACCAUCCAGCAGCUGCAAGACUGGCUCCUAGAACUUCAACAGAUUCCGCCAGCUGAACCUGCACCGUGGGAUUGGCGCCAGUUCGGGCGUGCGAUUACUGCGCAGGAGACGGCACAGCGGUUUAAAUGGAGCGUCGGUGUUGCGGCAGAAGAGCUUGAAAUGGCAGAGGAUCGCGGUAUUCUGUGUCGAGAGGAGGGCAUCGAAGGGCUGAGGUUCUGGGGCAACCACAUUACAUCUCACGAUCUUGAAUCGAGUAUCACGAAUCUUGUUAUUUAG